CGAGCCAAAAUUCGACAUAAAAACUGUAAUAUGGAAUGCAGAUUGUGACGUUGCUAAUUUUAUUUUAAAAAUAAGUGAAAAUGGAAGAAAAACUAAUAAAGGAUAUUGAAUACGACCAAUUAAACCAACUUUAUGAUGAAUGUUUGGAAUAUCUUAAUAAAUACAGUGAUUGCGACGAAGAUCCCGGAUACGAAACUGUACAAAAUAAUUCCAAAUUAAAUAAUGAUGAACCAAAUAUUGAUUUUAAAGUUGUUAAUGAAAAAUCUGAUGGAAGUUUAAAUUCAUUACCGGGAGAAACGAAAUCUGAAAGACUGCGUCGAUUAUCGAAGCAAUUGCCUAAAAUUAUUAUUACUCAGAGUAAUUCUAGUUUGGAAAAGAGAAACGAUGAAGUUAAGGAGAAUCAUUUUGUGCCGGUUAUGCGGAAUAAGAAGAAAUCUAAUGAAGAUAGAAGAGUACAGCCUCUCAGAAAGCGACACUGCGAUUUUCCGAAACGACUCGUAUCAAAAACCGGAGUCGAGAAUGUAGCUUUGAUAUCAAAUGUUCCUUUUGAGAAGAUACGACUGCUCAAUGAUACUUUUCAUACUUUGAUAAACCUUCGCUGGCGUUGGAUAGUAAUGGGCACGGUAUUCCUCCAUUUUGCGAUCUGGCUGGUAUUCGCUGUCUUCUGGUACAUAACUGCGCUCGCGCAUUAUGACUUCGAGCCGGAGCCGCCGCAGCGCCUCUGUGUGACUGGGGGGAAGGAUUUUGUCACUAUAUUCCUGGCUUCUGUUGAGGCACAGACAACGAUUGGUUUCGGCGAUAGAGCGAUUGACGAAGAAUGCCCGGAAUCCAUCUUUCUUUUUGUGAUGCAGCUAAUCCUGGGCACAGGUUUAUCAGGCGUCCUGACAUGUGUGGUUUACGCAAAACUAACUCGACCAGAAAAACUGUCAAGAGAUGGCGUUGGUUUUAGUAAAAAAGCUGUGAUCAGCAUGCGAGACGGACGUCUCUGCCUCAUGUUCCGCGCCUGGGACCUCAACUACGACCAUAUUAUAUGUUCUGAAUUUAAAGCGCAUUAUAUACAAACACGCAAAACAAAAGAAGGCGAGGUGAUCCGCUACUACGCUCACUCGUUGCGCCUGCAGCAACGCCAGUUUCUCUUGUGGCCGGUCACGUUGCUCCACGUGAUCGAUGCUGACAGUCCCCUGUAUCGCUUCACGCCGCAGCACUUGGCUGAUAAUAGUUACGAAAUAACAGUAAGUCUAAAAGGAGCCUCAGCAUCGAUGGGCACCUUCACACAGAGCCAGACUUCAUACCUUCCAAGAGAGGUGGUGUGGGGACACAGGUUCCCUUCUGUUGUGAGAUACGACACAAACAAACAAAAAUACGUGAUAGACCACCACAAGCUGGACACCACAGAGCCUGUAGAUACUCCAUACUGCAGCGCUUAUCAAUUGGAGAGUGGAUCAAAAUGUUCAGACAAAUCAGAUAGGCCCGGCACUCCGGGCAGCUUCAGUGAGAAAGUGUCAACCUUCCAUCUUCAGAGGACGUCGUCUUUUAAGAGGAAACAUAAUAGAAUUGAUAUUGCUAAUAACAUUAAUAAGUAAAAAUUUACUUUGUAGUAUAUACUAGUGAAAUUA